UCUGGCAGAGAAACGAAAGUGAAGGACUGUGUAUGACGUGACCUGCAAACCGAUACUUCUAUUAGCAUGUGUCGAGUUGAAGUAAAUGAAACUUAUUGAAACUUAUUGAAAUUAGAAGUAGUUUUUCACUCGUUUAAGGUCUUAUUUAUCUUUUUUAUCGUCGUCACCAGCUGCAUCGUGUUUUCCCCCACGGCAUGGCGAGUAUUUUUUCGUCCUAUCGCGGAUCCACCUCAGACACCAACAAGAAACAAUUUGAGUGGCAGCUGUUAGUUGGACAGCAGUGGCUGCAAAUUGAUAACGACCAUGUGAUCGAGACGCACUACUGCCACCCUGGAGCUAAAGGAAUCACCAUCAACACCACCCAAGGGAAGGUGUUCAUAGACUUUGAUAAGUUCCAGACUACGAAUGCCGCUCUGCAGGUGCAGAGGCUGAGCUUCUUAUCCCAGGGUGAGGCCGAGGACGUCGGCUGGUACUUUAGAGAUGACCAGCUGUGGCGUGAAUAUGGAUCACAGAGCUCCAGCAGGAUCGCCUCCUCCAUCAGCAGCAGAGACAUCGAGCACCAGUUCACUCUGAACCGCCAGGGAACGUUCAGCUUCACCGUGGGAUCAACGAGCUACACACUCGACUUCACCACCAUGAAACAAACAAACUGCACAACAGGAAUGCACAGGAACGUCCGCAGGCGUCCAAAAUUCACCUUUAACAUAGGAAGCAUUAGCUCUACUCCCGUCUUCCCAACCGCCUCCUCAAAGCCAACUAAUGGACGCUACAAGUGGGAGUUUAUGGGAGGAGAGGGGGAGUGGGUCGAAUACCAAGCACAUAUUUGUGCAUUUGACAGCGCUGCGAUCGAGGCACAAUACCAGCUGAAUCCACAGGGCCAGAUACAAUUCAGGAUCAACAGAUACUCGUACAAGCUGGACUUGUCAAGUAUGUGUCAAGUUAAUAACGACAUCGGGACGAGAAGAGCAGUGAGGAGGACCGCUGAUAAUGGGAGUCGUCAAAACAGCAGUUCAGGCAAACUGCCCCAAUGGCAGUUCCUCGACAUGGAUGGGAGAUGGAAAGAUUACAGUAAAAGGAAGAGCAGCAUUUCAAGUCAGGAUAUCGAGCUCGCGUACCACCAAAACCCGACAGGCAUCAUGACAUUUACCACCAAUCAAUUUAGCUAUGAGCUGAACUUCUCAGCUAUGACUCAGAGAAACCUGUCUACAAACACCACCAGAUCAGUACAAAGACUCAAUCAGUGACAGUGGACAACCACACAUUCAGCAGACUCAGAGCUUUCGGGGGUUAACAUGUUGUCCAUCCUAACAAUAACAUCACUGCCUGCUGCAGCUUCUCUCUUAGAUGGAAACACAUCUGUACGGUUUUCACAUGGUGCCUUGCUGAUUGCAGUGCAUUUCAGCUGUUGCCAUAGCACCUACCGGCCACCGUACUGUUAUUUAUAAUAUGGGAUAUUUGAAAAAAGACAAGGGGUUCUUUUUAUUUCUUCUAUCAACUCGGACUAUAGUGCCCUUUUUUCUUUUCUUAAAGCAACUGCCAAUUGUUGAAUGUUGAUGAUUUUUCAGACUCUUAAUUUUUUCCUUCGCAAUGUUUUUCUGGUUAGGCUCCGAGCUCGGGUUGAGUAGUAUGAGUUUAAGUAAAGUUGGUUAAGUUUUAAGAGGCACUCAAGGAAAUAGCAAAUCAAAUGUGUUUACAUGUCUUCGGUAAUGUUUAUGAUAUCACUGUUUAAUGUUAAUUUAUUUUUUAAGUUGUGUAAACUACCAGAAUUAACUAUUCAAAAUCAGAUACAUUGCCUCGAGUGAUGUCACCUGAGUCUGUUGGUAAGGGCAAAGACUACACGUUUGAAAAAAAAAAAGAAGCUUGCACAUCUGUGCUUGGAGCUAAUAGUUUGACGCUAUCAGUCGCUGCUAGCAAAAACAUAAUAAUGUUAAACUUGCCUCAAACUGUCAGCAGUCAAGUUGCAUGGUGGGUGAUGUAGGACCAAAUGAACGACAAAGAAAAUUAGGUUACCUUUCUUUGAACUGCAAUAAUUUAGAUAUUUGUUCACAACUGUGGAUCAUGAAUCUUACUGUUAGAUUUGUGCAAUAAAUACAUAUAAAAGAAAUGCCUCAACGGAGGGGGAAUCCUAAAACUUUACUCAGGGUUCAUAUAUUUUGUUUAUAUAUCAGUGCAAUAAUGGAUGUUUAAAUGAUCACCUUAAGACAAGAUACCUCUAACCUUCAACAAAAAAUGUAAGUUUACUUUGAUUUACCAUACAAUGCCACAUACUGCCAUGUAUCCAAGCACUGAUUAAACAUUAAAGUGACUUGAAGAAC